CCCUCUUCUGGGCGCAGCCAAGGGCUUAGGGUUCGUCGCCCUAUACAUCUAGACCAAGCUCUUGCCCCACUCGUGUCACAGGACCGAGGUGUCAUCGAUCUUGCUCUUUCGCGCCUUGGGAUCUUGCAAACGCACAUUUACGUGUAUCGCGUGGCAUCGCUGGGCGCCUGACUUCCUGUCCUUCUCUAGCCAAUCGCAGCACGGUUUUAAAUCAGUCGUCAGCUCUAUCAGCCAGCUUCUCUGAUCGUCAAGAUGACGGAGUGGCCUACUGAGUCGCAGCAGACCACCCGUUGGGACACUGAUCCCCUCCCACCGUCAACGAUGGCAUCGUCAGCCUCAUCGCACGCUUCCUCCUCUUCUACGGGCGGACACGUUGACCUUGCGGAGCCGAGCACAGGAUCGAAUAUGAUACCAAGAAGCGGACUGCCAGGUCCUGGGCAUUUAUGUAGUAGCAAUAAUGACAUUCGACUUCCCCCCAUCUCUAGCUUUUUGCCACCCUCUGCUAGCUCAAGCAGCAAUUCGUCAUCUGGGACGGCGAUCGCAUCGCGCGAAUCGCGCACUCACAGUGUUGGUGCCCUGACAGAUUCCCGAGUCCCAAACCGAGCGUCAUUCGCUCCGAGCUACCAGCAACGUCAGCUAGAUGCUACUGCGGCACCGUCUCCUCGACUACCUCACGGUCAUCAUUCGCGCAGACCGCGCAGUAGCGAAGAGUGGUCCACGAGCCGGACCGCAUGGAAUGGACCUGCAACUUCAUCUUCCAUGUCUGUCUCUCCUAGCUACCAACAAUGGUCGACUAUGGGAUCCACUCGUCUGCCUGCCCUUUCGGGUGUAGGCAGCGUACCUCCCAGCACGUGGAAACGUGCGAGUCCCACGUCCCAGCACUCUCAUUUGCCACGAUCACAGAGCAGCGCUGGUGCCUCGCCCACGCUGACAUCGCGAUCGUCGUGCAGCAGCCUCGGCGUGGGUGGCAGCAGCAGUGCUCAUUAUAGCACCGCUAGCGCCGCUACGAGUGCGGCGCCCCGGCAGUAUUCGCCGGCGCCUUCUUCGUACCGGGGCAGGCCACCUUCAAGCCAUUCUGCUGGGCCAGGAGGCCCCAACCGACGCAGGUGGAGUGGUGGCCCGAGUCAGAAUGCACCUUCUCCUUAUGCUCGCACCUCCCCCAGCACAAGUAUUCGUGUAGUUGAAUCUAGGCAGCGGCGCAACACCGCGCCCGGAUCCGAUCGAGGAGCGGCUCCGCUCUCUCCCGGCCAAGUCGCUCGUCUCAAGGAACUGCUUGAGCAGGUGCGAUCCGCGAAUGCUCAAAGAGGCAUGGAUUCCUCGUCGUACUUGCCGACUCAAUCCCGGGGUCCGAAUGGCGCUGACCUCGUCAGCUCGCUGAAGCAAGAGCUUGAGCGGCUUCGCGUGCACGACCCUCCGAUAGCGGAGAGGCUUGCACAAGACGCGGGAAUGCCGUUCACGCACCGCGACGACCCUCUCUUGCCUUACGAUAGCGCCAGAAGUAUGCGCACCUCUCCACCAACGCCUCUUAGUCCCGAGCUCGACGGUGACUACAUGCAAGCGCACGGUGGACUUCUCCUUCCUGGCCACGCUAACAUGAUGGACGUCGACGACGACUCGGAGCUCAUGCGCACCGGCUCCCUCUCUUCGUCUGGCCCUGCCAGACGCCAAAAGAAGUCGCAGCCGAAAAGGGUUCGAAAGCGAGAGAACGAAGGACACCAACAGUGUCUGGGAUGCGAUGCCAUCGAGACGCCCGAGUGGCGCAGGGGACCGAUGGGCAAUCGCACGCUGUGCAACGCAUGCGGUCUGCUGUACGCCAAACAGAAGCGCAAGAAAGCAAAAGAGGCGGCGAACGCUACGGGACAAAAAAGUUCUGCGGCAGGCACGGAGGAGACGGAGGAAGAAAAGUUGGCAGCUUUGGAAGAGCUUAGAGCUGCUGUUCAGGCCAAGUCGGCAUCCCUGGCUACCGCGUCCCUGCCGUAUCUCGCGCAGGCUAGCGCCUACGGUCCGCCGGCCUCUUCGCUGAUUGAUGCGGGUCACCACCUACAAAGACCGCUACCGCCUCUCCCUCCGAAAGCGGCAAGCGCCGCCGAAUCGUACUCUAGUCCAGUCGCAUCGUCGCCUAGCAGAUUCUUCCCGAUGUCGCACCAGCCGCCGCCGCCGCGAUUCUUUGAAGGUCCGCCUAGCGAUGUGGCAGACCGGCAGGGAGCAGCAAUGCCUCAAAUACAUGCAGGCAGACCAUCCCUACCACCCCUCGGCACCUUUUUCCAGCCUGCAGAUCCAUCUCGUCUGGAUGCGCCUCUUCCGCUCUUGCCCCACGAGAAGAGUGGCGGUCUGAGCGGACCUUCUCUAGGUCCACCACCACCUCCUCCUCGUUUCCAUCGAUCGCACUCUGCCACGACUAGUGCUGAUUCGCACAACAAUUCGCCAAUCUCGCAGUCUGCACCCUUUGCUCCGCUGCACAACGCUCCAAGCGCUACCGCCACUCUCGGACUGGCCUCUCCCACCGCUGCAGCUUCUAGGCUCUCCAUUCGCAGCGGUCAUACGCCAACACCUCCUUCGAGCGCAAAGAAUCGUGCAAGCCAAUUCUUUGACAAGCUCAACCCUCUUUCCCACUUUUCUCACCGAGAAACGGCCCCUUCUUCUCCUUCCAACCUCUCGAACGUCAAUUCACGUGACUCGUCUUUGCAUCAUACAAGCGCGAUGCACCAUUCUCUUUCCUCCUCCUCCUCCUCCUCCUCCUUCUCAGCCUUCGACAACGAACGCGCAAACACGAGCAACGGCGGAGCUGGUCUACCACCGCCUGCCAUCUGGGCUUCUCGAAGACAAUUGUAAUGUAAUAUAAAUGUGAUUCUUUUGA